AACUUCAAUCUGUUGGCUGUUGCAGCAGGUAGCAAAGUGACCCUGAGGACCUGAGUUCUCCCGUGGCUUCCGCGACUGGAGAAGGAGCGGCUACCAUGGAAGGGAUCAGUAUAUACACCUCAGAUAACUACUCGGAGGAAUUGGGCUCAGGGGACUAUGACUCUAUAAAGGAACCCUGCUUCCGGGAGGAAAGUGCCCAUUUCAACCGUAUCUUCCUGCCCACCAUCUACUCCAUCAUCUUUUUGACUGGCAUUGUGGGCAACGGAUUGGUGAUCCUGGUCAUGGGUUACCAGAAGAAAUUGAGAAGCAUGACGGACAAGUACAGGCUGCAUCUGUCAGUGGCCGACCUCCUUUUUGUCAUCACACUUCCAUUCUGGGCUGUUGAUGCUGUGGCAAAUUGGUACUUUGGGAAAUUUCUAUGCAAAGCAGUCCAUGUCAUCUAUACUGUCAACCUGUAUAGUAGUGUCCUCAUCCUGGCCUUUAUCAGUCUGGACCGAUACCUGGCCAUUGUUCAUGCCACCAAUAGUCAGAGGCCAAGAAAGCUGUUGGCUGAAAAGGCGGUGUAUGUUGGCGUCUGGAUCCCUGCUCUCCUGCUAACUAUUCCUGAUUUAAUCUUUGCCAAUAUCAGUGAGGCAGAAGGGAAAUAUAUCUGUGACCGCUUUUACCCCAAUGACAUGUGGGUAGUUGUAUUCCAGUUUCAGCACAUCAUGGUUGGCCUUAUCCUGCCUGGUAUUGUCAUCCUGUCCUGCUAUUGCAUUAUCAUCUCUAAGCUGUCACACUCCAAGGGCCACCAGAAGCGCAAAGCACUCAAGACCACCGUCAUCCUCAUCCUGGCUUUCUUUGCCUGCUGGCUGCCCUACUACAUUGGGAUCAGUAUCGACUCUUUCAUUCUUCUAGAAAUCAUCAAACAAGGAUGUGAAUUUGAGAACACUGUGCACAAGUGGAUUUCCAUCACCGAGGCCCUUGCAUUUUUCCACUGUUGCCUGAAUCCCAUCCUCUAUGCCUUCCUUGGAGCCAAAUUUAAAACCUCAGCCCAGCAUGCACUCACCUCUGUGAGCAGAGGGUCCAGCCUCAAGAUUCUCUCCAAAGGCAAACGAGGUGGACAUUCUUCUGUUUCAACUGAGUCUGAGUCUUCAAGUUUUCACUCCAGCUAACGUUGAUGUAAAAGACUUUUUUUUUAUAUGAAAAAGAACUUUUUUUUAAGUUACACAUUUUUCAGAUAUAAAAGACUGACCAAUACUGUACAGUUUUUAUUGACUGUUGGAUUUUUGUCUUGUGUUUUUUAGUUUUUGUGAGGUUUAAUUGACUUAUUUAUAUAAAUAUUUUUUUGUUUGUUUCAUGUUAAUGAGUGUCUAGGCAGGACCUGUGGCCAAGUUUUUAGUUGCUGUAUGUCUGGUUGUAAGACUUUAGAAAAGGGAACUGAACAUUCUAGAGUGUGUAGUGAAUCACAUAAAGCUAGAAAUUAUCCUCAGCUGUUUGUGCAUAAAUAAUCUUUCCAUUCCAGUGGAACAUCUUUUUUUUCCUCCCCUUUUCUUAAGUUUUUUGGUUACACUGUGUGAUUUUGCUCUAGAAGACAGCACUUAUAACCAAAGUCUUAAGUGGUAUAGAAAUGCUGGUUUUUCAGUUUUCAGGAAUGGGUUGAUUUCAGCACCUACAAUGUACAGUCUUGUAUUAAGUUGUUAAUAAAAGUACAUGAUAAACUU